AUGGCACUGUUCUUAUUACUGGAGAGUGAUUUAAAUCCACUCAAAUACAAUACAAGAACAACUAUUCGUGAAGAAUUACCUGAUAAUAUUUCAGUAUUAGUCAAUUGUGCUGCAACAGGUCAUUUUAAAAAUAUUCUAUCUCAUACAGAUGAUGAAUAUCAAUAUACAUUAAUUGCCAAUACACUUGCUCCAAUACUUGAGGGUGUAGGUGUGAGUGUGGCCGCAGAUAAUUUAAUUAGAAAGAAAAAAAUAACAACAACAACAACCACCACCACCACCAACAAAAACACGAUUAUGAAUACACAAGUUACAGACCGAGAAUUGACAUUAAUAUUAAUUGCAUCAAUGCUUACUAUUUUGAUUGUUUUAUUUAUUGUUGGAAAAUGGCUUAAUUUCCACUUACGUGCUUGCUGUUUCAGUCGAGCGCGUAAUAGAAAACAUCCUACAACUACUUCUAUUAGAGAACAAUCUACUCAGGAGCCUAUUGCAUCUUUUAUCGAUCUAAACACAAUUAAUCAAUCGCUAAAAAAUAAUAACGACAGCAAUGUAUGGACCCCUGCAGUUGGUUCUAUAUCGUCAUUGGCCACAAAAGAUACAAUAUACGAUGAGGCUCUCAUGCCUAAUAGUAAUAGUGCAUAUGACAUUGUAUCCUAUGCUAAUAAUAUUAAAUCAACAUUAAAAAGAACAAUAUCCUGUGAUUCCGAUAAUGAAUCCAUUCUAGCGUCAUCCAAUGACUCGCACACAACAGAAGAAAAUAUUGGACCAGGAAAAGUACAAAUAACAAUUAAUUACAAUGCGUUAGAAGAAUAUUUAGAAAUAUUAUUUAUUCAAGUUCGUGACUUGACAAUAUCGUUCGAUGAUAAAAAUGAUUUCAAACUAUUUAUCAUUGCAUGCUUAGACCAUGAUCAACGACGAAAUCAACGAACUCAGGUCGGACACAUAAUCACUUAUCAAAAAAAUCAGCCAGUAAUAUUUAAUGCAUCCAUGAGGUGGAAAGUCGUUGAUGAUCAUUUACCACGCACCGUUUUGCAUACCUCACUUUAUAUUCAACAAGAAAAUAAUGAUGAAACGUUAGUAGGUGAGUGCUCGUUUACCAUCGGUGAAGUUUAUAUUUAUCAACCGUUAACAACAUGGUUAAAUUUACAUGAUAGUGAUGAAGCAUGUUGGUAUCGUGGUGAAAUAAGUGUUUCUCUUUGUUAUCAUCCAACUGCUGAUCGUUUAACGUGCUCAUUGAUUCAAGCACGGAACUUAACAUUUUAUAAUCGCGAAUCUAUCAUCACUGAUAUGAUAUCAACAGACUGUUAUGCUACAAUCUCAUUGCUUCAUCAUCAUCAUCAUCAUCAAGUAAUAAAAAAAACUCGUACAAGUUGCCAUCAAGCAGCAGAUAGAAAUCCUGUAUUUAAUGAAACAUCUGUAUUUAAUGUUUCGAGUAAUGAUCUCCUGACUUCAUACAUACGCAUUGUUGUUUAUGAGACCGUAUCAUUUCCAUCGUCGGCAUCAACAAGAACAUUAGAGAUAGGCCAUUGUAUUAUUGGUAAUCAUGAUCGUACACAACAUGCGACUCAUUGGCAACAAAUGCUACGUGUUCUUCGGCGCCCUGUCAUCGUCUGGCAUCCACUCAAACUGUGA